GUAGUUUUCACCCUUGCGGUUUUCGAAACUCAUUCGUGUCGGCGUCUUUUAACUCUACCUACUGCUAUCCAAUGUAGGUGUCUUUCUCCAAUGCGGCCUGCUCGACGCAACCGACGACGACCUGCACAAGGUCAACGUGUGCUCCGACAUCACAAAGAUGCUGAUCAGCGAGUCCGUCCGGUGCGUGACAAUGGAGGUGCCGUAUCCAUUUCUCGCGGAGGCGGCUUGGAACGUCUCGCUGGGCAAGGAAACGUCGGCCAAGUGGGGCGAAGACUACGAAAUCAUCGACAUGGUUGACGCCAAUACAGCUUAUCUCAAGUACACCCCGCGGAACGGGGUCGCAAACGCGUCGGGCCCGCUCUCGGCGCGGUAUCUGUAUCGACGGUACUUUGAACCCAAUCGCGUGUGCAUUGUGUGGAAGUCAAUCCUGGAGGACGAGUGCUACCCCCUCGACGAAAGCGUCAUGCGCGUGCAUCAAAGCGGAUGGAUCGUGAUCGAAGGGGACGCCAAGAACCCCGCGACAACGUCCAAGUUCAAAUUGUUUGUCCAGCGGCACUCGCCGUCGCGAGCAGGAAAACUCAUUCAUUUGACGGACGUGUUCCAGUUCAUCAUGCCCAACAUCAGCCUCGAGAAGCGGACGACCGAAUACGUUACGGACUUUAUCGUCAACUCGUUUCGGAACGUCGAAGUCGCGUUUGAAAAAGCGAUCGACGUCGCGGUCCGGAAACUCACGUACAAGAAGGAUUUCAUGCUGGCCAACCCCGAUCUGUAUCCCUCCACGAGUAGGAACCCGAUGACGCAGCAUGAAUAGCCAGCCACAUGAAAUGACGAGUGCACGGCAACCAUCCAUUUGUCACCUGAGUUAGUUAUUCUCGAAACAGAGGCACACGUGGCUCGGCAGGGACGACGGUCGAAG